UAGAAUAAUUAUGUACUUCUUGUCUGUUCUUUGAUAAAGUUGUCUCGUAGUAAACAUUAGUUAUCAUUAAAGAGUAUUUACGCUGCGGCAGAGGCAACGUACCGCAGUUUCAUCCAGUCCGCGAAAUAUAUAAGAGAUAUCCCCACCAUGGCCCCCCAACCCGGCUUCCAGUUCGCCAUAGACCGCGGCGGCACGUUCACCGACGUGUACGCGCGCUGUCCUAGCGGGAAGGUGCGCGUCAUGAAGCUGCUGUCUGUCGACCCCCAGAACUAUGAUGACGCGCCCAGGGAGGCUAUCAGGAGGAUAUUGCAGGAGGAAACCGGUAACGCCUUAGACAAGGAUGGUAAAGUCAAUUCAUCUCUAAUAGAAUCAAUCAGAAUGGGUACUACUGUUGCUACAAAUGCGCUUCUAGAGAGGAAGGGCGCUAAGAUGGCGCUGGUUAUCAACAAGGGCUUCAAAGAUCUGCUGUACAUAGGCAAUCAGGCGAGACCUAAUAUAUUUCAAUUGGACAUAAAACGCCCAGGAGUACUAUACACAGAUGUAAUAGAAGUAGACUGCAGAGUGAUCCCAGCGCUAGAAGACCGCUGCCAAAUAGAGAAGACCGGGAAGAACUGGAAACAAGUAGUGGGGACCACGGGAGAGAAGAUGUUGAUCGUGAAAGAGUUGGAGGAAGAAGAGAUCAGAAGAGACUUGGUGGAGUUGAAGAAGAAGGGGAUUGAGAGUGUGGCGGUCGUGUUGGCUCAUAGUUAUACCUUCCACGAUCAUGAGUUGCAGAUUGGGAAGAUAGCUAAUGAGAUUGGUUUCAAGCAAGUAUCCCUCUCCCAUGCGGUGACUUCCAUGGUCCGCAUGGUCCCGCGCGGGUUCACGGCCUCAGCCGAUGCGUACCUCACUCCUCACAUCAAGGAGUAUGUCAGGGGCUUUGCAGACGGUUUCACUGAUGGCCUGAAGGGAUCCAAUGUACUGUUCAUGCAGUCCGAUGGAGGGUUGACGCCAAUGAAUAUGUUCAAUGGAUCGAGAGCUAUUCUGUCGGGACCGGCGGGCGGAGUUGUGGGCUACGCCAUGACGGCCUACCAGAAGGAAACUGGAUUACCAGUCAUAGGUUUCGACAUGGGAGGUACUUCCACCGACGUGUCAAGAUACGCUGGUGCAUUAGAACAUGUUCACGAGGCCACCACAGCUGGAGUCACGAUACAAGCGCCACAAUUAGAUAUAAACACAGUAGCGGCGGGGGGCGGGUCCAUGCUGGUGUUCCGCGCGGGGCUGCUGCUGGCGGGCCCGCAGUCGGCGGGCGCGCAGCCGGGGCCCGCCUGCUACCGCAAGGGGGGGCCGCUCACCGUCACUGAUGCUAACCUGCUGCUUGGCCGAUUACUCCCCGAAUACUUCCCGAAAAUCUUCGGUCCUACUGAAAAGGAGGCUUUAGACAAAGAAGCAACGGUCACAGCCUUCAAGAAGAUCACUGAAGAAAUCAACCAGUUCCUGAAGCAAGAUGGCGGCAAAGAGAUGACAAUGGAAGAAGUGGCAAUGGGUUUCAUCAACGUUGCAAAUGAAGCUAUGUGCAGACCAAUUAGAGCGUUAACCACAGCUCGUGGUCACGACGCCUCACAACACGUGUUGGCUUGUUUCGGCGGCGCGGGAGGGCAACACGCCUGCAGCGUUGCUAGGCAACUGGGAAUCUCAACUGUACUCAUUCAUAAGUAUGCUGGCAUACUAUCGGCAUACGGCAUGGCGUUAGCGCAUAUAGUGCAAGAAGAACAACAGCCCGCAGCCGCUUUGUACAGACCAGAUGCGUUCGAAGAGCUAGACAGACAGCUGGAUGUGCUAGCCGCUGUCGCGAGGGACAAGUUGAAGAAACAGGGUAUACCAGAGUCCCAGAUAAUAACCGAGCCAUACCUACACCUGCGCUACGCGGGCACUGACUGCGCGCUCAUGGUGUCUCCCGUACAGCAGGACUCGCCUACAGCCUGCAAACAUGGCGACUUCUAUACUGCGUUUGUUAAUAGGUACAAGAGCGAGUUCGGCUUCACUCUAUCGCAGCGCGACGUCAUAGUUGAUGACGUACGAGUCCGCGGCGUCGGCAUGAGUACAGUGCCUGUAGAUGUAGCGCCACCUAGCGGGAAAGGGACAACACCAGUGCCAGAAAAGGCAACCAAGGUGUACUUCGAAGGUGGGUACCGCGACACAUCUAUAUACCUGCUGGAGAACCUCAAACCGGAGCAAGUGGUACAGGGUCCAGCCAUCAUCAUGGACAGUCUGUCUACCAUACUUGUGGAGCCAGAUUGCCGUGCAGAGAUAUCGACAUACGGCGAUAUCCGCAUCGUGAUAGGCUCCGGCCAACCCAAGCGGGUCACAACUGCGCUCGAGUCGGUACAACUGAGCAUCUUCAGCCAUCGGUUCAUGUCUAUUGCUGAACAAAUGGGCAGGGUCCUCCAACGCACAUCGAUCUCAGUGAAUAUUAAGGAGCGUCUAGACUUCUCGUGCGCGUUGUUCGGCGCGGACGGCGGGCUCGUGUCCAACGCCCCGCACAUACCUGUGCAUCUGGGGGCCAUGCAGGAAACUGUGCAAUAUCAGAUGAAAGUCCGCGGCGACUCGCUGAAGGCGGGAGAUGUGUUGCUUGCAAACCAUCCCAAAGCCGGCGGAUCACAUUUACCAGAUUUGACUGUUAUUACACCUGUUUUCCACAAGUCACAAUCUCGUCCGAUAUUCUUCGUGGCGUCCCGCGGCCACCACGCGGACAUCGGCGGCCUGACGCCGGGCUCCAUGCCGCCGCACUCCGUCUGCCUCGCGCAGGAGGGCGCCGCCUUCAAGUCCAUGCUGCUGGUGGACGGAGGAGACUUCAAGGAGAAGGAACUUACUGAAGAACUGAUGAGACCUGCCCAGGAACCAGGCUGUUCCGGUACCAGAAACUUAGCUGAUAAUCUGUCCGAUUUGAAGGCACAAGUCGCUGCUAAUCAGAGGGGUAUACAGCUAGUAAGUGAACUGAUUGACGAAUACGGCUUAGACGUCGUGCAAGCGUACAUGACGCACAUACAGAACAACGCCGAGCUAGCAGUCAGGGACAUGCUUAAGGAGAUAGCCCGCAAUGCCCUAGCCAAGUCUGGUACAACAGUGCUCAAAGCGACCGAGUAUAUGGACAACGGUACCCCGAUAACUCUAACCGUCACUUUGGACGAGAAGAAAGGCAGCGCCAUCUGUGAUUUUACUGGUACUGGUGUAGAAGUGUGGGGCAACCUGAACGCUCCGCGCGCCAUCACGCUGUCAGCGCUCAUAUACUGUCUGCGCUGCAUGGUCGGACAUGAUGUGCCUUUGAAUCAGGGCUGCCUGAACCCAGUACAAGUGAUAAUCCCGGCCGGCACGAUCCUGGACCCGUCCGAGAGCGCAGCCGUCGUGGGCGGGAACGUGCUCACCUCUCAAAGGAUCGUAGACGUCGUCUUGAAGGCUUUCCAAGUGUGUGCAGCGUCACAAGGCUGCAUGAACAAUCUGACUCUGGGCGAGGAAGACUGGGGAUAUUACGAAACUGUGGCUGGAGGCAGCGGCGCGGGCCCGGGCUGGCACGGUUCCGGAGGUGUCCACACCCACAUGACCAACACCCGCAUCACGGACGUCGAGAUAGUCGAGAGGAGGUACCCCAUGCUGGUCACCAAGUUCUCUCUACGAGCGGAAUCUGGGGGCAGAGGUCGUUGGAACGGCGGUGACGGUAUCACCAGAGAGCUGGUGUUCCGCCGCAACGUGCAGCUGUCAGUACUCACCGAGCGACGCUCCUUCCAGCCUUAUGGCAUGAACGGUGGUGAACCCGGUGAGCGCGGACUAAACUUGCUCCAGCGAGUAGAUGGGAGACUUAUAAACCUCGGAGGGAAGGCGUCCAUACAUGCGUACCCGGGGGAUAAAUAUAUAAUGAACUCUCCAAGCGGCGGGGGCUACGGGCCUGCAUCAAACAGCGCCAACACAGACGAACAAACACACAAACAAGCAAGCUUCUUAGAGCGAGGCAGCGUGUUCGAGUACAGAAGUGCUCAGGAAUCUGUGUAACA